AUGAGGGACCCUUCAGAAUUCGAUGGCGAAGAGUUCCGCACUGCACCGUCGACUCGAGAACACAGCCUGUCCGUCAAUAGACCUCCAACUGUGACACAGCUACCAGGCGUAUUCGUUCCCUCAUGCCACAAUGGCACUGUCAUCUAUCCGACUACCACGCAGAUAGACCCUAAUCUCGGCCGGCGUCCAUCCAUCGUGCCACCGGGCCCGUCCACUACCCUAGACUGCAGCUUGUUCAGUAAUGGAGACGCCGAGACCAUGACGUGGGCUCCUCAAGCCAGUCCGGUUUUCCGGCGGCCAUCAAGGUGCAUGAGCAUGGAUCAGACUAGAACUCAGGCCCAUAACCACUGUCUGCCCCCGGCCGCUGCAGAAGCAGUCACAAAGGGGGAUCUGUCAGGAGACAAGUGUCUUGCCGGCGAGUCUCAGAACACAUCAUCAGGGAGAACGAACCACAAAUCAGGUACCGGCUUGACCUCCAACAUUGAACAUGGCCCCACGACGAUGCCCAUACAAGGCCGACGCGAUAUUUCAGGCAGCCACGGCUCCAUCAAUGUUCGUCAUAGCCGACACCCAUCCCGGUCCGAGCAUCUCUCCGACACCCCGAGACGGUCUGGUCACAGCAUUUGGGGAAAGCCCAAUACUUUGAUGCAGCAAAUCAUGGGAAAGGUACGGGUUCGUCUUGCUGGUCAACGAAGAACGCCGGAUAUCUCCCCAAGCGACCCCGAUGGAGGAACACCAUGCAACAAAGCCUCAUGCCAGUACGUUCUCACCGAUGAUCAAGUACAAGACGUUGUGGAGAUCGUUUUCAAAGAAAUGUGCAAGCACAAUACGACCAUGGAGGAUGCUUCCAAAACCCAGCAAGCAACUGAUACUGUGGUCCAAACAAAACUAGCCAGGAAGCCGAGCUUCCUCAAGACUGCCAUUGAGCUACGACCUGCUCGUGCAGCUGAUACAGCGACUACCAUCAACGAACCCGAGACCUCCUUCUUUAAUCGAAGCGCUGUUGAUGGUCAGGUACGGUCGAGAAGUGUGGCUCGACCGGCACCCAUCACCACGAUUGUAUCACGCAACAGUAUCACUGAUAUACGGUGGCUCGCUGAUACGCUGGCAGAACAUUCUGACCAGACCCGAGAACCGGUUUCGGAUGCUUCCGAAGUGCAAAUAUCUGCCGUGUCCCAGACCAACUCUUCCAUGUUCAAUGUGUCUAGCAUUAUUGAGGGACUCAGUCGGGCUUCUGAUUCUGAUACUUCGUCGGAUACUCCUGAUGUCCAUGGCUUCUCGCUCGGUUCUCAGCUUGUAGGCGGAUUAGGUCGUCAAAAAGAGAACCUCAAAGAAUCCAGUGUCGAUGACGAAGCUUCUUCAAUCACUUCAUUCCCUAGCCUGCCACAGCGACACUGCACGGAUGAGUGGCUGAGCACCCCGGCUAGUCUUGUCCCUCUUCAACAUGAAGAUAAGAGCAAGGUCAACAUGUAUCAUAUGGGAAUUGACGCGAGACUUGGUAGUGUCGCACCCAUCAGUAAGGACUCACCUCGUAGAGAUUCCGACCGUUCUAUGAGCCACGAGGUAGAUCUCCCCUUGGAUGAUCCUGCGAGUAUCAAAAACAAGCCCUCUCACCGAGACUCCGAGGCCUUGUCAGACUCGCAUGCAUGCGGCGAAAACAAGGCACCCGGCGAAUUGGCCAAGAAUACCAGGCGGCGCUCUGCCCAUUUCGCAGAGCCUUUGGUACAAGACACUCGCAAACCAGAACCAGGGUUCAUGCAGCAGAUCACCCGAAAGAUCAGUUCUGUUUUUCAGAGAACACCAAGUAGUAGCCGUACAACCCGCGCACCAGCGCCAUCCGAAGUUGACGAUGAGGUUACCGGAAAGGCUGGCGGAGAACUUGGUGCAAGCCGGCCAGCGGCGGGAACUGGUGGUUCUGGUGUGGAUUGCCUCUCAGAGCCGGAGCCCGACGCCGUCUAUCAGGCUAUGGUGCUAUCGAAGCCUACGAAAGACAAGAAGCAACGCCGUAGCACUUGUUCUGAAGACUACAUUCCUCACACGUGCGUGGAUGAUCUGAGCACGUCGGGAAUCCCCUCACCCAAUAUCCAGUAA